CCGUCGCCGCCGCCGCCGCUGCUGGACGUGGAGCUCGUCCGCGCCGUGCGUCGCGCGCUGGGCCGGGCGCCGCGCCCCGCCGACUACGUGGAGGUGCUCGAGACCUUCGCGGAGCCGCUGGCCGCCGUCCCGCUGCCGGUGCGGUGCGACGUGGACACGGCGCAGGCCUUCCGCGACGCCACGCGCGAGGAGAUCAUGCUCAACGGCGUGCGCUUCGUGGGGGACCACCGCACCGAGGCCUUCGUGGCGGCCGUCAAGCGCAUCGUGGGAGACCACGUUGGCGGCGACGAGCACCCGGAGCGCGCGCUGCUGGUGGCCGACCGCGUCAUGCGUGGCUGCAGCCGCACGCUCAGCGGCGCCGACUCGUUCUUCGCCGUGCACGAGCUCUUCGCGUCGCCCGAGCUGCUGGUGAUUCGCGCCGCUUAUCUCUGCCGUUGUGUGUCUCGUUGCCGUGUUGCCUGCUGCCGUGCGUCUGGCUUGUCCUCCGACCGGCCGCCCUGCAAGAUCAAGCCGCGCGCGAGCGGCUCCGUUCCGCUGGACGUGACGCUCGGACGGGAUUGCACAGACCACCGCUUCAAGUGCCGCAUCAAGUCCGUCAACCUCUUCGGGCUCUACGCGAACGAGGACAUCGAGCUGCUGCUGCGCAGCGACCGCCGCGAGCUGGACGCGCCGCUCGUGGCCGUGGACACGGUCGUCGUCGAGCGCAUCGACCUCUCGGCCGACAAGUGCAGCCGCCGGCUCACGAUCCGCUGCCCGGACGCGGGCAAGGCGCCGACCAAGCUGGACCUCGAGGUUCGAGAACUUUUC